UGUUCAGCAAGUUGGCAGUUCCGAGCGACAGACGAAAACAAACGAAAUUUAUGUAAUUUAUUUAAAUAAUUUCCUAUAAAUACAAAUGCCGCCCAACCUGAAUGCGGAGCGCGAUAAUCCCUGCUUAAAGGAGCAGGAAUUGUCGUUCAAGUGCCUCAACAAAAACAACUUUGACCGCGACAAGUGCGAGGUUUAUUUUGCAAAUUAUAACAAUUGCAAAGAGUUUUGGAACAAGGUACGUGUAGACCGCCGCGGCAAAGGAAUAGCUCCCUAUUUGCCGCCACUGGAAGAACGCGAUGCCAUUAAAGCGGAAUAUUUGAAAGCAAAACCAGCACAAAGUUGAUAAACACUCCUCAUUGUUUCUUUGUAUAUCAUUUAAUUAUAUAAUAACAAGUUUAA